CGGUGUCACCUGUGUGGUUACAGGGAGCCGUAAACAAGGUGUGCAAACUUCUGGAGAGCUGUCGGGAUGCUGCAGAGCGGGGCGGCUGGAGGCCGUGGCUGUGCUCUGUGCCCACUGCUGGGCGUCCUAUUCUUCCAGGGUGUUUACAUCGUCCUUUCCCUGGAGAUUAAAGCAGAUGCCCAUGUCUGGGGUUAUGUUGGAGAAAAUAUCAAGUUGAAAUGCACCUUCAAGUCAACCUCAUCUAUCACUGACAAACUCACCAUAGAUUGGACAUAUCGACCUCCAAGCAGCAGUCGCACAGAAUCAAUUUUUCAUUAUCAGUCUUUCCAGUACCCAACCACAGUGGGCACGUUUCGGGAUCGAAUUUCCUGGGUUGGAGAUGUAUACAAAGGGGAUGCGUCCAUAAGCAUAAUCAACCCUACCAUAAAGGACAAUGGGACAUUCAGCUGUGCUGUGAAGAAUCCCCCGGAUGUGUACCAUAAUAUUCCAGGGACAGAGCUAACAGUCACAGAAUGGGGUUUUGGCACGAUGCUCUCCUCCGUGGCCCUUCUUUCCAUUCUUGUCUUCAUUCCCUCAGCUGUGGUGGGUGUGCUGCUGCUGGUGAGAAUGGGGAGGAAGUCUGCGGGCCUGAAGAAGAGGAGCAAGCCUGGCUCUAAGAAGUCAUCUAUUGAGGUUUCAGCUGACACUGACCAGGAGAAGGAUGACCGCAUGGCAAAGCUUUGUGUCUGUUGUGCCGAGUGCCUGGAUUCGGACUAUGAAGAGACAUAUUGAUGAAAGUCUGCAUGAUAGAAGAAGAGUCACCUAAUAACAGAAAAUAUCCCAUUCCACUGGCAGCUAAAGCCUCCCAGAGAAGUGGAGCUGGCUUGGACAGUAGUGAUGGAGAAUUCUGGAAGCCAUCAGUGAAGACUUUAGGAGCCAUUUAUUUAUUGAAGAAAUGUUCUUUGUGUAUUUAUAAACUUCAAAAACUCUCAGAGGAAACUCAUAACUACCCCUUUUAAUAACUUAUACUCUAAUUGAAUGAAGGAAUUCUUUUCCUAAAUAGAAAGAUACUUUUUGUUUUGCCUUUGGUCUUGAAUGUAUUACAUGUUUUCUUCCAAUUUUUUGAGGGAGAAUCCUAGAUGUUGGCCACACUGCUGAUGCCAAAAUAUGUACAUAUAUUUAAUGAAAUGGAGCUUGGAGCUUCCUGAUGUGCUCCCAGGCAAAAUGUUUGUCUGGGAUAGCUAUUCUUUGUUUUUUGCUCCAUGAACAUUUUCAGCUGUGAGUUAGCAUACAGCAUAUACUCAUUGGUUUAAUUAUCUCAUCAUCAAUUGUGUUUGGGAGGCUUGGAGUGAAUAACCCCAGUUUUUUUUUUAGAGUUGGUAGGCUCGGGAGUCAGUGGUUUACUUUGACUGGGUUUUUAAAGUGUUAAAGUGCCUUCAGUUUACAAUUAAGGAAAGAAAUGAUGAGAUAGAGGGAUUUCUUUCUUUUGUCUUACUAGGUGCAAUUUGUUAUUUUACUUUCUUACAGCUGACUGAUUUAUGAUUUCCUUCUUGACUUUUCAGAUCAGAGGCAAGAAAAACUCUUCAAAAGGUUUUUAGUGGGGCUAAGUAGACUAUUUUACCAGUAAUUUGCAAUGAAAUCAUCUUUUAACCUAUGCUGUUCUUCAAAAGUUGUUUGAUUUCUAAAAUGCGGAAAAUAUGAGCAAACUAAUGUAUUUACAAACUGUUUUUGCAUAAUAUUUGAGGUAAGGAAGUGAGGGUGUGAAUAACCUAUACUUCCUCCUUCUGUUCUCUUGGUACCUUCUAUUAGCUUCCUCCAUUCUACUGCAGCAACAUAUUUCAAAUUUUAAUUUACAUGGGAUUUUCUAUAAGCCAUUAAGAAAUAUGUAUGAGCAACAACUACUGAGCCUGUGCACCACAACUACGGAGCCCGUGCGCCUAGAUCCGGUGCUCCACAACAAGAGAAGCCACCGCAUUGAGAAGCCCGCGCACUGCAAUGAAAAGUGGCCCCUGCUCGCCGGAACUAGAGAAAGCCCGCACGCAGCAAUGAAGACCCGAUGCAGCCAAAAAAAAAAAAAAAAAAAAAAAAAAUGUAUGACAUAUCAGGAGGAAGGGUUGACUGUGCAGUCCUCUGUAAUAGAGGGAUAGAGUUCACUUCUUAAUUACGAGAGACAAAAAUUAUCCUCUCUUCCCAUCUUUGAUUUUUUAACAGAUUAGCCCGUUUCCAUGAUAUUUUGCUUGGUGGCUCAGGAGGUUUCCAUAUUAUAGCAUAACACACUGUAUGCUGUACAAAAAUCACUUUUAUAUUUUUUUUGCUAAGAUCUAUUUUUAAAAAUUUGGGUUAUUAGUUCUCAUAGAUUUG